AUGUCCGAUCCAGACAGAGCUGCCAUCGAAGAAGAAAAGAAGGCUCUGAAGUUGAAGUUACCCCCCAUCGUCCACCCCCCAAAAGACAUAGGUGUCCUCACACCAAGUCAGAGUGAACUGAUCAGCUACAGAAGAGCCAGGGAGCAGCAGAGGACGAUCAACCAGUUAGUAAUUGAUAGAGCCAAAAAACAUUUAGAUGGAACAUUGGCUAAGAGGACACCUGUGUUACCAGAGAUAGAUUAUCCGAAUACUAUGACCAGUGAGCUGAAAAAAAAAGCAUUCAACUAUAUUUACAUGAAGCAAUGUGUAGAGAGUAGACCUAUAGUACCUAUUCAGCAGGAAUGGCUGGAUCAUGUGUUAAUGCUGAUACCUGAGUCUUUAAAGGAAGGGAAAGAAAAAGAAGAACUUCUGGAGCAUCUGAUAAAUGAGGUGUCAAAUGACUUUGAAAAAAGUAUGAAGAGACAUUUGGUGCAGAGUGUUCUUGUGAAACCGUCAGUUCACUGGCUCAAGGAUGAAGGAGGCCCUUUACCUGAAUCUCCUGUAGGCCUGGAUUACUCUAACCCCUGGCAUUCCAGCUAUGUGCAGGCAAGAAAUAAAAUACUAGCUAAUUUGCACAUUGUUCAUCCAACUAUGAAAAUGUUACUGGACCUUGGUUAUUCAACAUUUGCUAAUACAAUAUUACUGGACUUAACAGGAAUUAGAGCUAAAGGUCCAAUUGAUUGUGAGUCACUGAAAAAUGAUCUAUCAAUACAAGCCAGAAAGACAGAAGAGAAGAUAAUGAACACAUGGUAUCCAAAGGUCAUAAGUCUUUUUACCAAGAAGGAAGCACUAGAAGGCAUUAAACCUGAGAAAUUGGACGCAUUCUAUAACUGUGUUUCCACACUUAUGUCGAAUCAGCUAAAGGAUCUUUUAAGGAGAACUGUAGAAGGAUUUGUGAAACUCUUUGACCUAGAAGAUCAACAAAAGCUGCCAAUAUUUAAAAUGGAACUGAUGCUUGAUGAAGAUAAGAUGGAAUUCUACCCUACCUUCCAAGAUCUGGAAGAUGCUGUUUUGGGUGUGGUGGAGCGCAUAGCUGACGCUCUGCAGAAUGUCCAGACAGUACCCUCUUGGCUGUCAGGAACUUCCACACCUGUAAAUCUUGACACAGAACUUCCUGAACACGUAUUACAGUGGGCUCUUAGCACAUUGAAGGCGGCAGUACAUCGGAACUUAGAAGGUGUAAGAAAACAUUAUGAGAUGUAUGUUGAAAAAUAUAAUUGGCUUCUUGAUGGGACUGCUGUAAAAAAGAUAGAGGCAUUUCAGGCAGAAGAUCAUACUUUUGAUGAAUAUACAGAGUUUAUAGAUAAAUUUUUCAGUCUUGCCUCAGAAAUAAUGCUUUUGCCUCAGUGGGUUCAUUACCCUAUGGUGCGCCUGGAUUGUGAAGAUUUGAAAACAGGCCUGAAAAAUAAAGCCAGAGACUUUGCGAACAGAUUACUAAAUGAUAUAGCUUCAAAAUACAGGAAAGAAAAUGAGUGUAUUUGCAGUGAAUUUGAAGCAAUUAAAGAGCGAGCAUUGAAAGUCCCUGAGACAUCAGAAGAAAUGAUGGAUCUGAUAUCUUAUGUCGAAAAAGCUCGUACUGUAAGAAUCGAAGAGCUGAUUUUAAGGAUCCAGGAAUCCAAACGCCAGAUGAGUUACUUCUUAGAUGUUUUUCUGUUUCCUAAAGAAGACUUAGCUUUAAAUGCAAAUGUCCUCAUGUGGCCCAGCAAAAUUCGACCCAUCUUUGAUGAGAAUGAUGAGCUCAUUGAGAAUGCUAAGCUUAAAAAAGAAAAUGAGCUAAUUGCCAAGAGAGAGAAACUGAUUUUGGAAAUAGAAAAGAUAGCCCGCCGCAUGGAGGAGUUCACCGAGUUUGCAGAGUUGGAACGCAUGCAGCAGUAUGUGACAGAUAUAAGACAACUUCAAAAACGCAUUCAAGACUCGGAAGAAGCUGUUCAGUUUAUUAAUAAAGAAGAGGAACUUUUCAAAUGGGAAUUGACAAAAUAUCCUGAACUGGAUAAAUUAAAAGUUAACAUUGAGCCCUACCAUAAGUUUUUCAAUUUUGUUUUAAAGUGGCAACGAACAGAAAAACGGUGGAUGGACGGAGGGUUUUUGGACCUCAAUAGGGAAAACCUGGAGGCUGAUGUGGAUGAGUUUUCCCGAGAAAUUUUUAAGACACUGAAGUUUUUCCAAAUGAAACAAAAGAAAGAAUUACAAGAAAAAAGGAAAGCAGAAAGAAAACUAUCUCUGACAGAAGAGAAAGCUGAGGAAGUACCAAAAGAGAAUCCUACAAUUACUAUGUGCAGUGCCGUAAUGGAUCAGAUAAAAGCAUUUAAGGAGUACGUCCCCACCGUCUCCAUCCUGUGCAAUCCAGGAAUGAGAGCCCGACACUGGAAGCAGAUGUCAGACAUCGUGGGCUAUGACCUGACUCCCGACUCUGGCACUACACUGAGAAAAGUCUUAAAAUUAAACCUCGCACCAUACUUGGAAAAAUUUGAAGUGAUAAGUGCAGGGGCAAGCAAGGAAUUUUCAUUAGAGAAAGCGAUGCACACGAUGAUAGGAACUUGGGACGAUAUCGCUUUUCACAUAAGCCUCUAUCGUGAUACUGGAGUCUGUAUUCUUUCUUCGGUGGAUGAGAUUCAGGCUAUCCUUGAUGACCAGAUUAUAAAAACUCAGACGAUCAGAGGCUCACCUUUCAUCAAACCAUUUGAAAAAGAGAUCAAGGCCUGGGAGGACCGUUUGAUUCGAAUACAAGAAACGAUUGAUGAGUGGUUAAAAGUGCAAGCUCAGUGGCUGUAUCUGGAGCCCAUCUUCUGUUCCGAGGAUAUCAUGCAACAGAUGCCGGAGGAAGGGCGUCAGUUUCAGACGGUGGACAGACACUGGAGGGACAUCAUGAAGUUCUGUGCUAAGGACCCAAAGGUUCUUGCUGCUACUUCUUUAACAGGUUUAUUGGAAAAACUACAGAACUGUAAUGAACUUUUGGAGAAAAUUAUGAAAGGACUCAAUGCAUACCUUGAGAAGAAACGUCUGUUCUUCCCCCGUUUCUUCUUCUUAUCCAAUGAUGAAAUGUUAGAGAUUUUGUCAGAGACCAAAGACCCACUCAGAGUUCAGCCUCAUUUAAAAAAGUGCUUUGAGGGCAUUGCAAAGUUGGAGUUCCUUCCCAAUUUGGACAUUAAGGCCAUGUACAGCUCCGAGGGCGAGCGUGUGGAGCUGAUUGCGCUGAUUUCCACGUCUGCAGCGCGCGGUGCCGUGGAAAAGUGGCUCAUCCAAGUGGAAGACCUGAUGCUCCGGAGCAUUCACGACGUGAUCGCUGCGGCCAGGCUGGCUUAUCCAGAGUCUGCGAGAAGUGACUGGGUUCGAGAGUGGCCAGGUCAGGUUGUGCUUUGCGUUUCUCAAAUGUUCUGGACUUCUAAGACACAGGAAGUUCUGAGUGGUGGAUCAAAGGGAUUAAAGAAGUACCAUACAGAACUUCAGAACCAACUGAAUGAUAUUGUAGAGCUGGUCAGAGGAAAACUGUCUAAGCAGACCAGGACUACUCUGGGCGCUUUGGUGACUAUUGAUGUCCAUGCUCGAGAUGUGGUCAUGGACAUGAUUGAACUAGGUGUCUCACAUGAUACAGAUUUCCAGUGGCUGGCUCAGCUCCGUUACUAUUGGGAAUAUGAGAAUGCUCGAGUUCGUAUCAUCAAUUGCAACGUAAAAUACGCUUACGAAUAUCUCGGCAACUCACCCCGACUUGUUAUUACUCCUCUAACUGAUAGAUGUUACAGGACAUUGAUAGGUGCCUUCUAUUUAAACCUUGGAGGAGCUCCAGAGGGGCCAGCAGGCACAGGAAAAACCGAAACCACUAAGGACUUGGCUAAAGCUCUGGCUGUGCAGUGUGUGGUGUUCAACUGCUCAGAUGGGCUGGAUUACCUAGCAAUGGGAAAGUUUUUUAAAGGACUGGCUUCUUCUGGUGCUUGGGCUUGCUUUGAUGAGUUUAACCGAAUCGAGCUGGAAGUGUUGUCAGUGGUAGCACAGCAGAUUCUGUGCAUUCAGAGAGCCAUUCAACAGAAGCUGGAUGUGUUUCUUUUUGAAGGGACUGAACUUAAACUGAAUCCGAACUGUUUUGUGGCAAUUACCAUGAAUCCCGGCUAUGCAGGACGUUCUGAAUUGCCAGACAACCUUAAGGUUCUUUUUAGAACAGUGGCUAUGAUGGUCCCAAACUAUGCCCUCAUAGCAGAAAUCUCCCUCUACUCAUAUGGAUUUUUGAAUGCAAAACCUCUGUCUGUGAAGAUAGUGAUGACUUACAGGCUCUGCUCAGAGCAGCUCUCAUCACAGUUUCAUUAUGAUUACGGAAUGCGAGCAGUGAAAGCAGUUCUAGUGGCUGCUGGAAACCUAAAACUAAAAUUUCCAAAUGAAAAUGAAGAUAUACUUCUUCUUCGAUCAAUUAAAGAUGUCAAUGAACCAAAGUUUCUAUCACAUGAUGUACCUUUAUUUAAUGGGAUAACUAGUGAUUUAUUCCCUGGUAUUAAGCUUCCUGAAGCUGACUAUCAUGAAUUUUUGGAGUGUGCCCAUAAAGCCUGUGAAGUCCAUAAUCUCCAGCCUGUUAAAUUUUUUCUCGACAAAAUAAUUCAGACGUAUGAAAUGAUGAUUGUUAGACAUGGUUUUAUGUUGGUAGGAGAGCCUUUUGCUGCAAAGACCAAAGUUCUGCACGUGUUGGCUGAUACCUUGACUCUUAUGAAUGAACAUGGCUAUGGAGAGGAAGAGAAGGUCAUUUAUCAGACUGUGAACCCCAAAUCCAUUACCAUGGGCCAGCUUUUUGGACAGUUUGACCCAGUGUCUCAUGAGUGGACUGACGGUAUUGUGGCCAACACUUUCAGAGAAUUUGCCUUAGCAGAAACACCUGACCGGAAAUGGGUUGUGUUUGAUGGUCCUAUUGACACCUUGUGGAUAGAGAGCAUGAACACAGUACUGGAUGAUAAUAAAAAGCUUUGCCUCAUGAGUGGAGAAAUAAUUCAGAUGUCCCCUCAAAUGAGCCUCAUCUUUGAAACCAUGGACCUGUCCCAGGCCUCGCCUGCCACCGUCAGCCGCUGCGGCAUGAUUUAUCUGGAGCCCUCACAGCUGGGAUGGGAACCACUCGUGUCUUCCUGGCUGCAUUCACUGAAGGGACCACUGCUUGAGGCAGAACAUCAGGCUCUCCUGAAGGAGCUUUUCGACUGGUUAAUACCACCUGCUCUAAAGUUCCGCAAGAAACAGUGCAAGGAGCUGAUUCCCACGAGCAGCAGCAACGCGGUUGUGUCUCUCACGCGCCUCUUUGAGUCGCUGCUCUGUGAUGUGGUGGAGAGCGAUCCUACAAGCAAGCACAUCCGUGUCUGGAUUAUGGCUUGCUUCAUAUUCUCUUUGAUUUGGUCCCUUGGAGGAAGUUGUGAUACAGACGGUCGCCUUGCUUUUGAUGCUUUCAUACGAUCUACCAUAAUGGGGAAAGAUGAAGACAUACCAGUGCCAGCCCUGGUGGGUAAAUGGGAAUGCCAGUUUGAAGAAAAAGGCCUGGUCUAUGACUACACGUAUGAGUUUAAAAACCGAGGCCGCUGGCUCCACUGGAAUGAAUUAAUUAAAAGUACUAAUUUAGAAGAUAAACGUGUCAAGAUUCAAGACAUCAUAGUCCCCACCAUGGACACCAUUAGAUACACAUUUCUAAUGGAUUUGAGUGUUACCUAUGCGAAGCCGAUGCUUUUUGUGGGUCCAACAGGUACAGGAAAAUCGGUGUAUGUGAAAGAUAAGCUGAUGAAUCACUUGGAAAAGGACCGGUACUUUCCUUUUUAUAUUAACUUCUCUGCACGGACCAGUGCCAACCAGGUGCAGAACAUUAUAAUGGCUAGAUUGGAUAAAAGACGCAAAGGAGUUUUUGGACCACCAAUGGGAAAGAAGUGUAUAAUUUUUAUAGAUGAUAUGAAUAUGCCUGCAUUGGAGAAAUACGGAGCUCAACCUCCUAUUGAAUUAUUACGACAAUUUUUUGACUGUGGAAAUUGGUACGACCUCAAGGACACCAGUAAAAUCACUUUGGUUGACAUCGAGCUGAUUGCCGCCAUGGGCCCGCCAGGUGGUGGAAGAAAUCCCAUCACUCCCCGUUUUGUUCGUCACUUCAACGUCUGCACCAUUAAUGCCUUCAGCGAUGAAACGAUGGUCCGAAUCUUUUCAUCGAUUGUAGCGUUCUACCUCAGGACUCACGAAUUCACCCCGGAGUACUUUAUCGUUGGGAACCAAAUAGUCAGUGGGACUAUGGAGGUAUAUAAGCGAUCCAUGGAGAAUCUCUUGCCCACUCCUGCAAAAUCUCAUUAUACUUUCAACUUGCGUGAUUUUUCGCGAGUCAUCCGGGGCUGCUUACUCAUCGAAAGAGAUUCUGUAGAGAACAAGCGCACUAUGAUCCGACUGUUUGUGCACGAAGUCCUCCGAGUCUUCUACGACCGCCUUGUUAGCGAUGAUGAUCGAAAGUGGCUCUUCAAGUUAACCAAAAGUGUUGUAAAGGAACAUUUUAAAGAAUCAUUUGAUAUGGUCUUUGCACGCUUGAGGAAAGAUAAUGCUCCAAUAACUGAAGAAGAUUUAAGAAAUCUCAUGUUUGGCGAUUAUAUGAACCCUGACCUUGAAGGAGAUAGUAGAGUUUAUAUUGAAAUUCCAAGUAUUCAACAAUUUAAUGAUGUUGUGGAUCAAUGCUUAGAUGAAUAUAAUCAAACUCACAAGACAACAAUGAAUCUUGUCAUUUUUAGGUAUGUUUUGGAGCAUUUAUCAAGAAUAUGCCGAAUUCUGAAGCAGUCGGGUGGAAAUGCUUUGCUCGUUGGCCUUGGAGGCAGUGGCCGUCAAUCUUUAACUCGUCUGGCUACAUCCAUGGCAAGAAUGCAGAUUUUCCAGCCAGAAAUUUCCAAGAGCUAUGGUAUGAAUGAGUGGAGAGAUGAUAUAAAGGGUCUGUUAAAGAAUGUGGGCAUGAAGGGCCAGAAGACAGUCUUUCUCAUCACCGACACUCAGAUCAAAGAAGAAGCUUUUCUUGAGGAUAUUGACAGUGUGCUCAAUACCGGGGAAGUACCUAACAUUUUUGCAGCAGAUGAGAAGCAAGAAGUGAUGGAGGGUGUUCGCCCCAUAGCUCAGGCUGGCCAUAAACAUGAAGAACUCGGUCCCUUGGCUCUGUUUGCUUUCUUUGUGAACUGCUGCAAAGAUAAUCUCCACAUCGUAGUGGCCUUCAGUCCCAUUGGAGAUGCCUUUCGAAAUCGCUUGAGGCAGUUCCCAUCCCUCAUCAAUUGCUGUACCAUUGACUGGUUUCAGCCAUGGCCUGAGGAUGCUCUUGAACGUGUGGCAGUGAAAUUCUUAGAAACUCUGGAGCUUACGGAGGCUGAACGGCGAGAGGUCGUGCCAAUCUGCAAAUACUUUCACACCUCCAUUAUGAAUCUUUCAGAAAGGUUCCUGCACGAGUUGGGACGACAUAACUAUGUGACUGCUACUUCUUACCUUGAACUCAUUGGCUCAUUUCAACAGCUUUUGACUAAGAAGCGACAAGCUGUCAUGGAGGCAAAGCAACGAUAUGUGAACGGGCUUGACAAACUAGCUUUUGCUGAGUCUCAGGUUGGUGAGAUGCAAUUGGAGCUUGUUGAAUUACAGCCCAAAUUAGAGGAAGCUAAAAUUGAAAAUGCACAUAUGAUGCAGGUUAUUGAGAUAGAAUCUGCACAAGUGGAAGCAAAAAGAAAGUUUGUGAAAUUAGAUGAGGAGAUAGCCAGUGGAAAGGCUGAUGAAGCUCAAGCUCUGAAAAACGAGUGUGAGAGUGACCUCGCGGAGGCCAUCCCAGCCCUGGAAGCAGCUUUGUCUGCACUGGACACACUUAAGCCAGCUGAUAUUGCAAUUGUGAAAUCAAUGAAGAAUCCUCCAUCUGGUGUUAAAUUGGUGAUGGCUGCUAUUUGUGUCAUGAAAGAUAUAAAGCCAGAAAAAAUUUCAGAUCCUUCAGGAACUGGAGGGAAGAUACUAGAUUACUGGGGACCUAGCAAAAAACUUCUGGGAGAUAUAAAUUUCUUAAGAGAGUUGAAAGAAUAUGACAAGGACAACAUUCCAGUGACCAUCAUGCAGAAGAUUCGAGGUGAAUACUUGACAAACCCUGAGUUCGACCCCCCCAAGGUCGCCAAGGCUUCUUCGGCCGCGGAGGGUCUGUGUAAGUGGAUCAUGGCUAUGGAAGUGUACGACAGAGUUGCAAAGGUUGUGGCCCCUAAGAAAGCUCGCCUAUCAGAAGCCCAGAAGUCUUUAGCUGAGACCAUGGAACUCUUGAAUCAGAAGAGAGGAGAAUUGGCAGCAGUAGAACAUCAUCUGGAAAAUUUGCAAAAGACGUUUUCUGAGAAAACAGAGGAAAAGGCUGCUUUAGAAGAUCAGGUGGAACUCUGUGCUAAGAAACUUGAAAGAGCUUCAAAACUGAUUGGAGGACUGGGUGGAGAAAAAUCAAGGUGGUCCCAAGCUGCAGACGACCUUCAGAUCACGUAUGAAAAUUUAACUGGCGACGUGUUAGUGUCCGCGGGAGUCAUAGCCUACCUCGGGGCUUUCACGUCUGGCUUCCGGCAAACGUGCACGCAAGAUUGGAGCAAGUUGUGCAAGGAGAAGAAAAUCCCAUGUUCAGAGGAAUUCUCGCUGAGUAAGACCCUGGGUGAUCCAGUAAAAAUCAGAGCCUGGAAUAUUGCUGGGUUACCAACAGAUGCAUUCUCCAUCGAUAACGGAGUGAUUGUGAACAACUCUCGGCGUUGGCCCUUAAUGAUUGACCCCCAGGGACAAGCCAAUAAGUGGAUCAAGAACUCUGAGAAAGACAAUCAACUUAACGUUAUUAAACUAUCAGACGCAGACUACAUGAGAACAUUGGAGAACUGUAUUCAGUUUGGAACUCCGCUUUUGUUGGAAAAUGUUGGCGAAGACUUGGAUCCAUCUUUGGAGCCCUUACUACUCAGACAAACUUUUAAACAAGGUGGCAUUGAUUGCAUGAGACUUGGUGAAGUAAUCAUUGAGUAUUCCUUUGACUUCAAAUUUUAUAUCACCACCAAACUGAGAAACCCUCAUUAUAUGCCAGAGCUAGCCACAAAGGUGUCUUUGCUGAAUUUCAUGAUAACUCCAGAAGGACUUGAAGAUCAAUUACUUGGUAUUGUUGUUGCCAAGGAGAGACCAGAAUUAGAGGAGGAACGAAAUGCUCUUAUUCUUCAGUCUGCAGCUAAUAAGAAGCAGCUUAAAGAUAUAGAGACAAAAAUUUUAGAAACAUUGUCAUCUUCUGAAGGGAACAUUUUAGAAGAUGAGAGUGCAAUUAAAGUCCUAGAUUCUGCCAAAAUGAUGUCCAAUGAAAUAUCAAAGAAGCAGCAGGUUGCAGAAAAAACAGAGCUCAAGAUAGCAGAGUCUCGAGAAGGCUACAGGCCCAUUGCCAAGCAUUCGUCCGUGUUGUUCUUCAGCAUCGCAGACCUGGCGAACAUCGACCCCAUGUACCAGUACUCUCUCACCUGGUUUGUGAGCCUGUACAUCAACUCCAUUCAUGUCAGUAACAAAUCAAAAAUUUUGGAAAAGCGCCUACGAUAUUUAAAUGAUCACUUCACCUACAACUUAUACUGUAAUAUAUGCCGAUCACUAUUUGAAAAGGACAAGCUGUUAUUUUCCUUUUUAUUAUGUGCCAAUCUUCUUCUGGCAAGGAAAGAGAUUGAAUACCAGGAACUGAUGUUUCUUUUAACUGGAGGAGUAAGCCUUAGGAGUGCAGAGAAAAAUCCCGACCCAACUUGGCUACAGGAUAAAAGCUGGGAGGAAAUUUGUCGUGUAAACGAACUUCCCGCCUUCAGAGGACUCCGAAAUCAUUUUUGUGACCAUAUACAGGAAUGGCGGGAUAUCUAUGACAGUAAAGAGCCACACAAUGCUAAAUUUCCAUCACCAAUGGAUACCAAGCUCAAUGAGCUACAGAAAAUAAUAGUUCUUCGUUGCUUAAGACCUGAUAAGAUAACUCCAGCUAUAACAAAUUAUGUCACUGACAAACUAGGGAAAAAGUUUGUAGAGCCUCCACCAUUUGAUUUGACAAAGAGUUACCUGGACUCAAACUGCACGGUUCCCUUAGUUUUUGUGCUGUCUCCAGGAGCAGAUCCUAUGGCCAGCUUACUGAAAUUUGCGAAUGAUAAAUCUAUGUCUGGAAAUAAGUUUCAAGCGAUUUCCCUGGGACAAGGACAAGGACCAGUUGCUACAAAAAUGAUCAAAGCGGCAGUGGAAGAAGGAACGUGGGUUUGCCUACAGAACUGUCACCUUGCCGUCUCCUGGAUGCCCACGUUAGAAAAAAUAUGUGAAGAUUUUACUCCUGAGAUCUGUAACCCCUCCUUUCGACUUUGGCUCACAAGCUAUCCAUCUCCAAAAUUCCCAGUCACAAUUCUGCAGAAUGGAGUAAAAAUUACUAACGAACCCCCCACAGGUCUUCGGCUAAAUCUCCUUCAGUCGUAUCUCACGGAUCCAGUUUCUGAUAAUCAGUUUUUCAAGGGAUGCCAGGGAAAAGAACUGGCCUGGGAGAAGUUGCUGUUUGGAGUUUGUUUCUUUCAUGCCCUUGUGCAAGAGAGAAAGAAAUUUGGUCCUCUUGGUUGGAAUAUUCCAUAUGGAUUUAACGAAUCAGAUUUACGCAUCAGUAUCCAACAGCUUCAGCUAUUUAUAAAUGAAUAUGAUACCAUUCCAUUUGAAGCCAUCUCUUACCUGACUGGGGAGUGUAAUUAUGGAGGAAGAGUGACCGAUGAUUGGGACAGACGUCUCCUGUUAACCAUGCUGGCUGACUUUUAUAAUUCACAGAUAAUUGAAAACCCUCAUUAUAAGUUUUCUCCCAGUGGCAACUACUAUGCGCCUCCCAAAGGCACCUAUGAUGACUAUAUUGAAUUUAUUAAGAAACUUCCAUUUACUCAAGAACCGGAGGUGUUUGGAUUACAUGAAAAUGUUGAUAUCUCCAAAGAUCUUCAGCAAACCAAAAUCCUCUUUGAGUCCUUGCUGCUUACCCAAGGAGGCUCCAAACAGACCGGAUCUUCAGAAGGCACUGACCAGAUUCUGUUAGAGAUCACCACGGAUAUUCUGAACAAGCUCCCAAGUGACUUUGACAUUGAAAUAGCACUACUGAGAUAUCCUGUGAGAUAUGAAGAGAGCAUGAAUACUGUGUUAGUACAAGAAAUGGAGAGAUUUAACAAUUUGAUUAGAACUAUACGCAACACUCUAUGGGACCUUGAAAAGGCGAUUAAGGGUGUUGUUGUAAUGGACUCUGCGCUGGAGGCCCUGUCUGGCAGCUUACUUAUUGGAAAGGUUCCAGAAAUAUGGGCAAAACGGUCAUACCCAAGUCUUAAGCCCCUAGGAAGUUACAUCACAGAUUUCCUAGCCCGGUUGGAAUUUUUACAGGUCUGGCACGAUUCAGGAAAACCUUGUGUGUUUUGGCUGUCAGGUUUCUUUUUCACCCAAGCCUUUUUAACUGGAGCAAUGCAGAAUUAUGCCAGAAAAUACACCAUCCCUAUUGAUUUACUAGGAUUUGAGUUUGAGGUUAUUCCUUCUGAUAAAUCCGACACGUCGCCAGAAGACGGCGUCUACAUCCACGGGCUGUACCUGGACGGCGCACGCUGGGACAGGGAAAGUGGAUUGCUUGCUGAACAAUAUCCCAAACUUCUGUUUGACCUGAUGCCCAUCAUAUGGAUUAAACCAACUCAAAAGUCUCAGAUUGUGAAAUCCAGUGCCUAUGUCUGCCCCCUCUACAAGACAAGUGAACGCAAAGGAACCCUUUCCACCACAGGACAUUCCACGAAUUUUGUCAUCGCAAUGUCAUUGAAAACAGACCAGCCCACCCAGCACUGGAUCAAGCGUGGGGUCGCUUUGCUUUGCCAGUUGGAUGAUUAA